UCAAUUAUGGCCAUCAAAUCUUGCAUAUAUCCAUUCUAAUUCAGGCCUAGUAUUCCUCCAAUCACACUUUACUCAACAGUUUUUUACACACACACACACAGAGUCACCUCUCUACUUUUCUACCUCAAGAACACCAAUCUGGGGUUUUGCUUCUUUGGCAUAUUUCAAGAAACUUAAGAGCUAAGAUGGUGAGAGGAAAGACCCAGAUGAAGAGGAUAGAAAAUGCUACAAGUAGACAAGUGACUUUCUCCAAAAGGAGAAAUGGUUUAUUGAAGAAAGCUUUUGAGCUUUCUGUGCUUUGUGAUGCUGAAGUUGCUUUGAUUAUCUUCUCACCAAGAGGCAAGCUCUGUGAAUUUGCAAGCUCAAGCAUGGAGGAGGUUAUUAAUCGUUAUAGGAAUCACGUAAAAGAUGUUCAAACCGAAAAUUCUGUGACUGAAGAAGAUGUUCAGUGGCAGCAUUUGAGGCAGGAAACGGAAAGCAUGGGAAACAAGAUAAAGGUCCUAGAGCUUGCAAAGAGAAAACUUUUGGGACAAGGACUAGGGUCAAGCACCAUCGAGGAACUGCAAGAGAUUGAACAUCAAUUGGAGAAGAGUAUAUGCACCAUUCGAGCUCGAAAGAUGCAAGUCUAUAAUGAACAGGUUGAAGAGCUACGAGCAAAGGAGAAAUUGCUAGCUUCUCAAAAUGCAAUGCUUAGUGGAAAGUGUCUCGCUCGAACCAAAGAAAUGAUAGAAGAACGACGAGCAAAUUUUCAAACCAUGAACAACGGAGAGAGUUCGGAUGUGGAAACAGGAUUAUUCAUUGGAUUACAUGAAAACCGAACCAGGCAAGAAAGACCAAAAUGAAUACAAAUUAUAGGUAAGACACAUAUUAUGCUACUGGUGUUCCAUUUUAUGUGUUACCUAUAAUUUGCGGCAAUAUAUAUUGUUCAUGUGAAACUAAAUUGAAACAAAUUUCCAUUCUUCAGUUCUUGUACAUAUGAAUAUCUGACAAUGAUUUUACUUAUUUUCAUUGUUGAUGGCAUCUUUUGUGGAUUUCCAGAAUAAAAUCGUUUUGGUGUCACAUUUUCA